AAGGUCCUUCAGUCACACUUUGCCGCUGAGUAAGCUCAGUGUAUGGGCUCGCUGAAGGUUUAGGUCACGUGACGUGGAGACAGACAGGUUGUGGGGGGAAAGGUAGUGCUCAGCCCUGUCAUCCAUGAGUGAAGGCCACUGACACGGAGUGUAAGGAUAAGGCGGACUCCUGCAGGGCUUCUGUGAGCUGUAUCUAGAGGUAUUUAGGCAUGGAGACCCGCCAUUGGGACCCCGCCCAGGUGCUGCCUCUGAUCAUCAUGGCCGUUCUUGUCUCCUCCGUGACUUUGGAGGUGUUUUAUCUAAUCCUCACCACUACAGGGAGUGGACAGUUACCUCUUCUGGUGCUGGCAUUGUACCUCUUAUUUAAUGUGGUGGGGAAUAUGGUGAAAUUUGUCCUGAGUAAUUCCACAAUUAAAGGUGUCUUCCUGGAGCAUGGGAGCCUCGGUCAAGGUUGGGAGUAUUGUUACAGCUGCCAGACCCGCAUUCCCCCGAGAUGCCACCACUGUUUUAACUGUAACGUGUGUGUACUUCGCCGUGACCACCAUUGCACCCUGCUCGGAAAGUGUGUCGGCUACUCAAACUAUCGCUACUUCUUUUGUGCGUUAAUCAGUGGGUUGGUGGCGCUGCUUCUUGCAACCAUUCUGAAUGCUGAAAUUUUCAUGGAUUUGCUUCACGAGGGCUUCAGUCUCCACAGCCUCUUCCUGCUGAUCAUGCCGUGGAUGAUGUUCCUUACAGGUCAGGUCUCGGGCUCGGCUUUCGUUGUCGCCUUUGUCGCUGAUACCUGUGUCGUGGGUUUUCUAUUUUGCCUGGCUUUCUUCAUCCUGCACUGUUUAAUUCUUUACCGUGGCUCAACUACCAGAGAGUGGUUUGGCGGCCAUGAAAGAGAUUAUGACCAUGGAUGGAAGAAAAAUGCCAAGAAUUUUCUUGGAGAAAGGUGGUACCUUGUGUGGCUGUCUCCAUGGAUUCAAUCGAGAUUGACUGGAGAUGGAGUUAACUUUGAGCCUAGAGAUCUCUCUUCAGCUCUAUCAUCCAAAAAUGUGACUCAGUAGCCAGCCGGACGUGCACCAAAGCUCUCACUUAUCUACUUUGUCACGUACAACGCCUGAAUGUAGCGGACGGGUGACUUGGAAUAUACUUAGACUAGAAUAAGUCCACUUCAGAUACGUACUUGUGGUUGCCGCAAUGCCUUUCUAUCUACACACUUGUAAAUAAGGGAGAAAUGUAUAAGGUAUAUGUGUCAUCAGCGCUGGUGUAACGUGUAGAAAAGCAAUAGUGGAACUUUAGAUACGUAUCAGUCAUAGUCGGCUUUAAUCCUUUUUCCUCUGGAAAUCUAGUCGCUGCCCAGGUGGCUAGAUAACCGUAUAUUUUCGCUGUGCAUUAUUUCAGGGAUCAUCUUUUCAAACAGAUUAUAUGUCACAGCUUAGGCUACUUUCACACUCGCGUCUGGUGCGGAUCCGUCAUGGAUCUGCACAAAUGCUUCCUUUCAGAUAAUACAAACGCAUGCAUCCGUUCAGAGCGGAUCCGUUUG